AUGCAAAGCUCGAUAUACGCCGCAGAAACGAGCGUGACAGCGCAGAGCUACGACUACUAUUCCGAGUGCAUGUCUACGGGAUCGAACGACGGACGCAUUUCGACGCACCGUCGCAACGCUGACAACGGAUGGAUUGAAGAUACGGAGCAGCGUCUCGAGCAAGCGCAUGAUGGUCGCAUCACCUCUCUCUCCUACUCCCACCCUUCCUACGGCACACUCCUCGCGAGUAGUUCAACAGACCGUACGGUGAAAGUAUGGGAAAUGCGUCAGAAUGUACCUAGGAAUCAGCGCAUGAUUGCCAAAUUCACCGAGAGUAAAACCCCCAUCAGCGCACUGUCGUUCUGUAGCCCUAGCGCUUUGCAAUUGCUGUGUAUUUCUACUGACGGCUUCAUGCGGAUAUACCAAGCAACAAUCCCUGCUGAUCCGACGACUUGGUCGUGUUUGCAUACCAUUCAUGUCACUUCAGCGCAAAUGCAUUCCACACUCAACUCAAGCACCCCGAGCACACCCACCCACACUAUUAGCGUGUGUCCCGAUAAAGAGUACAGUGGCUUGGUGGGCGUAGUGGCUGGAUGUACGAAUGCAGUCGAUAUCAUCUCCUACUCCACCACCAACAGACCAGGUAUUGCGCAUCAGUUGGAUUGUCUCACGCAGCAGCCUCUGUGUAGCGUCGCCUGGUCACCGGGUUGCCAGCGCGGAUAUUGGAAUGUCGCUGCCGGUGCGCGCGAUGGAUUGGUGAGGAUAUUCAAACUCUCUCUCAGUCACUCGGACGACGGCAGCGCACCAGUCUUCACCAGUCAUCUCGUCGCAGAGUUGGAACACGGCGGCGUUGUAGCCAGUCUCUCAUGGAACCUGUUUGGUACCGUACUCACUUCCUCAGGCGAUAACGCUAAAGCUAGCGUAUGGAAAGCAUCUUACACGGGGUUGUGGUCGUGUCAUAGCACAUACAGCAUAUCAGAAUAA